GGGAGGGGGCGCCCUCCCCGGCAGCCGGAGCCCUCCUGCGCGCGCCGCGGCUGCGAAACAGUUACCGGCUCGUAAACAACAGCUGCGCGCGCAUCCGCAUCAGCUGGCGCCGGGAUCCCGCACCUGCGACCUCCCCCUACCCUCAUCCCCGCCGCCCCUUCCUGCUCAGCCCCGGCCAGCCUGCGAGGCCAUCUCCUCUCUUGCUACGACCCGAAGGAAGAACGGCGAGGGGCUGACCUGCGCCGCGGCCCUGGUGGGGGAGAAAGCGUCCUCCGGCAAAGGGGUGGCCCGUCCUGUCACACGCAGGAGAAACCCGGGGAGCCGACCGUGGGCUCGAUGGACUAGCAACGACCUGCCACGACCCUGAACUGCAGUCCGAGGGGUCUUUAUCCGCUCGCUAGCCGCCUCCUCCCAGAUCCUAGAGACCGUUCCGUCAGAAGAGCGGGUGGGCCACCCCCGCAGACCUCUUGGAGACGGGAAUCCGCUCUGCCCCUGCACCCCCUGCUCGCCCUUUUCAUUCUCCUCUAUCCGGUAGUGUGGGGUAUUUUCCCGUUAUGCAUGCGCAUCCCUCCCACCAGACCCAAGCGGAUUAUUGGCCUCCAAAACAUCGGGUGGCUCUACACACACUUCCCAGCCAGACCUGUGGGGUAUUCACCUGAUACACAACAGGUGGCCGGGUGUACACCGUUUCGCAAUCUGAUCUGUGCUAUAUUCGCCUAAUAAGGGUGGGCCUGCGCGCUCUUUGCUCAUCUAGAACCGUGGGACAUUUACCAGAUAAAAGACUUCACUACCUCGGCGGAAACCUGGGGGUCGAGGGGAGAAAGCCUUCACCUUCUCUGAGACCAUGGCACUGAGCCCGCAGUCCUGGACCAGGAGAGACAUCUAGAUAACUCUUCUUUCAGAAGGAACGAAGUUCCACGGGACUGGCAUCGUUAAGUCUUUUUUUUUUUUUUUCCUUAAAUAUUUACUGCUAGUGCACUUUCUAGGAUAGUCUGUCUGAAUUCUGAGUUAGAAGGAUUCUUAUUUGGGACUUUUUUUGUGGUGUAAAUCAAGGUUAUUGAGGGUUUGUUUUUUUUUUUAAGUUGUCUUUUCCAUCUUUGCGAUCAAAAAAGUAGCUAGUGUAGGAGGAAGGAUUUUGCAGGGUUUUCCUUUUUUCUUUGUUCUUAUAAAGGAAAAGAGAAUAAUGCAUCCUCCAGAAACCACCACCAAGAUGGCUUCAGUUCGGUUCAUGGUGACACCAACGAAGAUCGAUGACAUUCCAGGUUUGUCAGAUACCAGCCCAGACCUCAGCUCCCGAUCCAGUUCCCGAGUAAGAUUUAGCUCAAGGGAAAGUGUGCCUGAAACAAGCCGUAGUGAGCCUAUGAGUGAGAUGUCUGGAGCCACCACUUCACUAGCAACUGUUGCACUGGAUCCAGCUAGUGAUCGGACUUCUAACCCCCAGGAUGUUACUGAGGACCCGAGUCAGAACUCCAUCACAGGGGAACACAGCCAGCUGUUAGAUGAUGGGCAUAAGAAAGCUCGAAAUGCUUAUCUCAAUAAUUCCAACUAUGAAGAAGGAGAUGAAUAUUUUGAUAAAAAUUUGGCCCUCUUUGAGGAAGAAAUGGAUACCAGACCAAAGGUAUCUUCUCUUCUCAACCGUAUGGCCAAUUAUACUAAUCUGACACAAGGAGCAAAGGAACAUGAAGAGGCAGAGAACAUCACUGAAGGGAAAAAGAAGCCCACCAAGACCCCUCAAAUGGGUACUUUCAUGGGUGUCUACCUCCCGUGCCUACAAAAUAUUUUUGGAGUGAUCUUGUUUCUACGCCUUACAUGGGUCGUGGGCACGGCUGGAGUUCUUCAGGCCUUUGCAAUUGUCCUUAUCUGCUGCUGCUGUACAAUGUUGACUGCUAUCUCCAUGAGUGCCAUUGCCACUAAUGGAGUGGUGCCAGCUGGGGGCUCAUACUUUAUGAUUUCCCGGGCACUGGGCCCAGAGUUUGGUGGGGCUGUUGGCCUCUGCUUUUAUCUUGGUACCACAUUUGCAGCUGCUAUGUAUAUCCUUGGUGCCAUUGAAAUUUUUCUGGUAUACAUUGUCCCCCGAGCGGCCAUCUUUCGUAGUGAUGAUGCACUCAAGGAAUCAGCAGCCAUGCUCAAUAACAUGCGUGUCUAUGGCACAGCCUUCUUGGUCCUCAUGGUAUUGGUGGUGUUCAUCGGUGUACGCUACGUGAACAAGUUUGCCUCACUUUUCCUGGCCUGUGUCAUUGUGUCCAUCUUGGCCAUCUAUGCUGGAGCUAUCAAGUCUUCUUUUGCCCCUCCACAUUUCCCGGUCUGCAUGCUGGGUAACCGUACCCUUUCAUCAAGACACAUUGAUAUUUGCUCUAAGACCAAGGAAAUUAACAACAUGACAGUACCGUCAAAGUUAUGGGGCUUCUUCUGUAACUCAAGUCAGUUUUUCAAUGCCACCUGUGACGAAUACUUUAUUCACAAUAAUGUCACUUCAAUCCAGGGCAUUCCUGGAUUGGCUAGUGGUGUCAUUACAGAGAAUCUUUGGAGUAAUUACCUACCGAAGGGAGAGAUAAUUGAAAAGCCGUCAGCCAAAUCUUCUGAUGUCUUAGGCAGUUUAAACCAUGAAUACGUCCUUGUUGACAUCACCACAUCUUUUACUCUUCUGGUGGGGAUCUUCUUUCCCUCUGUCACAGGUAUCAUGGCUGGAUCAAACAGAUCUGGGGAUCUGAAGGAUGCUCAAAAGUCUAUUCCCAUUGGCACUAUCCUCGCCAUCCUGACCACCUCCUUUGUCUAUUUAAGCAAUGUUGUCCUUUUUGGUGCCUGUAUUGAAGGUGUUGUUCUUAGAGACAAGUUUGGGGAUGCUGUGAAAGGUAAUCUGGUGGUGGGUACCUUAUCUUGGCCUUCCCCAUGGGUGAUUGUUAUUGGCUCCUUCUUCUCCACGUGUGGGGCUGGACUUCAGAGUCUCACAGGUGCACCAAGGCUGCUACAGGCAAUAGCCAAGGAUAACAUCAUACCCUUUCUGAGGGUUUUUGGUCACAGCAAAGCCAACGGGGAACCUACCUGGGCUUUACUUCUAACUGCUGCCAUUGCAGAGCUGGGGAUUCUUAUCGCCUCCCUGGAUCUUGUGGCCCCAAUUCUUUCUAUGUUUUUCCUUAUGUGUUACCUCUUUGUGAAUUUGGCAUGUGCAUUACAAACAUUACUUCGAACACCUAACUGGAGACCCCGGUUCCGCUACUACCACUGGGCCCUCUCUUUCAUGGGAAUGAGUAUCUGUCUGGCUCUGAUGUUCAUUUCUUCCUGGUAUUAUGCCAUUGUAGCUAUGGUAAUAGCUGGUAUGAUCUACAAGUACAUCGAGUACCAAGGAGCGGAGAAAGAGUGGGGUGAUGGAAUCCGUGGGCUGUCCCUCAGUGCAGCCCGGUUCGCUUUGCUCCGGCUAGAAGAAGGACCACCACACACUAAAAACUGGAGGCCUCAGUUACUUGUAUUGCUGAAAUUAGAUGAAGACUUACAUGUCAAGCAUCCUCGCCUCCUCACCUUUGCCUCACAACUUAAAGCAGGAAAGGGUCUCACUAUUGUGGGCUCUGUCAUUGUGGGGAACUUCCUGGAGAACUACGGGGAAGCUUUAGCUGCUGAGCAGACUAUAAAGCAUCUAAUGGAGGCAGAGAAGGUGAAAGGGUUCUGCCAGCUGGUGGUGGCCGCCAAGCUGAGGGAGGGCAUUUCCCACCUUAUCCAGUCAUGUGGCCUUGGAGGCAUGAAGCACAACACGGUGGUGAUGGGAUGGCCUAAUGGUUGGCGCCAGAGUGAAGAUGCCCGAGCAUGGAAGACUUUUAUUGGCACAGUUCGAGUGACAACUGCUGCCCAUCUGGCCCUGCUGGUGGCUAAAAACAUCUCCUUCUUUCCCAGCAAUGUGGAGCAGUUUUCUGAGGGCAACAUUGAUGUGUGGUGGAUUGUGCAUGAUGGGGGCAUGCUCAUGUUAUUACCUUUCCUACUCAAACAGCACAAGGUGUGGCGAAAAUGUAGCAUACGGAUCUUCACAGUAGCCCAACUAGAAGACAACAGUAUUCAGAUGAAGAAGGACCUGGCUACCUUCCUCUACCACUUACGCAUUGAAGCAGAGGUGGAAGUGGUGGAGAUGCAUGACAGUGACAUAUCUGCUUACACUUAUGAACGCACCCUGAUGAUGGAGCAAAGGUCCCAGAUGCUCCGGCACAUGCGACUGUCCAAAACAGAGCGAGACAGAGAGGCACAGUUGGUGAAGGACCGGAACUCAAUGCUACGAUUGACCAGCAUUGGCUCUGAUGAGGAUGAAGAGACAGAGACCUACCAGGAGAAGGUGCACAUGACUUGGACAAAAGACAAGUACAUGGCAUACCGAGGACAAAAGGCUAAGUCGAUGGAAGGAUUCCAGGACCUGCUUAACAUGCGUCCGGACCAUUCCAACGUGAGACGGAUGCAUACAGCAGUGAAACUCAAUGAGGUUAUAGUUAACAAGUCCCAUGAAGCGAAGCUGGUUUUGUUGAAUAUGCCUGGGCCACCCCGAAACCCUGAAGGUGAUGAAAACUACAUGGAGUUCCUGGAAGUGCUCACCGAGGGACUAGAGCGAGUCCUCCUGGUCCGAGGUGGUGGCAGUGAAGUGAUCACCAUUUAUUCAUAAUCUAUUCCUGAAGACUCUGCUUGGCCUCACCUUUCCUAAAAGGCUUCCAUUCUCCAAUGGAAGUGCCAGCUCUUUACUACUACUCCCAUCAUGUAGAGGUCCGGGUUCUGUACACAUCACACUGAACUCUUGACAAGCUGAGCCUCAAGUACUUUUGCAAAGAAGUACACGUAGUUCUGCUCUUCACUAUCAUAUGAUCUGCUGUCCUUACAGAAGAAGCAGAUACUUCCUCAAUAUCAGAACACUGGUCAAGUCCUAAGCCAUGUCUGGACUAGUUGAAGGCAAAUUAGAAUUAACAAGCUAAACCAUUAAAAUGAAUUGGCAAAAGGGAUGCUAGAAAUUCAAGAAGACAAAAAGGAAAGUACAUGUCCAGCAUGGAAGGGGAAUCUCAGAAGUCAUGGUUCAGUGAUGAUACCAUGGGGGUAACAGCCAGAGACACGGCUUCAUCAUAUGAAAGAAUUCAUGACCAAGUAUGUGGGGACCUAACAUCCUUGUGGAGAUAACCUGUGGCAAUCCAAGAUGAAAACCUUUUUUAGCUGAUUUUCUUUAAUGUAUCCACCGCUCUCCAGGACUCUUCUUUUAUAUUAGGGUACUAUACAAAAACUAAAACAUGGCUACAGCCUCUGCUUCUUCCUCCAAAACAAGAUUCCCCCAGAAUAUCAGGUUUAAGUAUACAUUCUGUGUCGGUUUAUAUGUCAUCUGGUUCUCAAAACCCAUUCUAUGGUUAAGAUGGUAAUACAGGCAUUGUUAUCCUGGAAGUGGUUUUUUUAAAGGUAGGAGGAAAAAGAAUUUCUUUCAGGUUCUUUUCAAAUGGCUAAAUUAAGGUUAACUCCAAAUUAAGAUCUGCUGAAACAAUAUGUGGUUACCUGUGUGACAUGGUCAAAACAUACAAACUGUUAUCUAAAAAAAUCUAGAUGAUGAUACACAUUGACCGAUAGUUUCUCCUCUCCUUUCUUUUAUGCCCUCCAGGUUAGUAGACACAGGUCCAAAAUCAUAGGAAUAAACUAUGAAGACUGGCUAAAA